GCGAGUAGUACAAAAUUCACGAACUGUUCAGAUAUGUUUCUUUGCCCAGAAAAUGAUGAUCAGAAAUCUACAGCUUCUUGUACGAACAAUCCUAAAUCUAUCAUUUUGACGGGCAAAGCAGGAAUUGGAAAAUAUCUUUUUUGUCAUAAGAUGGUACGGGAUUGGUCGCAUAACCGAUUGUUUGAGGAAGGUCAAGAAAAUGCCAAAGUACCUGAUUUUCGGUUUGUAUUCCUGUUGAAAUUCCGUCAACUUGUUCUUCCAGAAGAAAAGAGUCUUAACUUACAUGACAUCUUAAAUCGGUCCUCCCUACUGAACGAACACUCGGUGAUAGACGAGCCAUUACUGCAAUACAUGAUUGAAAAUCCUGAGAAACUGCUCAUCAUUCUUGACGGAUAUAAUGAGUAUAAUACGCAUCGAGAGAAAAUCACCGGCGACUUUGAGACAAGAUACCCAAACGACCCACAUGAAAAAAUACCUGUUCCUGCUCUGAUUGCCAAAAUCAUGAAAGGAAAGAUGUUAAACGGUGCAGUAAUCCUGAUAUCCUCGAGGCCUGGCGAAGCCGAGGAGUUAAAUGAAAUUGUCUUCGAUGUGAGAUGUGACAUUCAAGUAUUGUUUCUACUGUUGCUGGUUGUUUGUGAAUUAGACGAUGAAUGUGUCAAAAUAAUAUGUGACAUGUUGCCUCGUACUAAUAUAACCCUCCUAGAACUAGAUGGUAAUUAUAUAACAGAUGUUGGUGUUAAAAUAAUAUGUGACAUGUUGCCUCGUACUAAGAUAACAGACCUAUGCCUAGCUGCUAAUAAUAUAACAGAUGUUGGUGAUAGAAUAAUAUGUGACAUGUUGCCUCGUACUAAAAUAACGACCCUAGCACUAGGUGGUAAUUAUAUAACAGAUGUUGGUGCUCAGUGUUUGUGUUCAGUAUUAAUACGUGAUGAUUGUCGUCUAGAAGUGUUAGACUUACAGUCUAAUGACAUAACAAGUGAAUGUAAACUGUCUUUAAGACAACAACAGAUCCCUGGUGUUAAGUUGCUUAUUUAG